AUGAGCCCCUUUCGACUUGUAACUGCGGGCGUCACUGCUCUCGUUUUGUUCUGGCCGAUUUCUUCCAGCGCUGGACCAGUAAAUGUCACUUUUGACGACGCAGACCCCGCAAUCAACUAUAUCGGUCCUGAAGGAGCAUGGAAUUCAAGUUCGGUUGUUUGUCCUGCCUGCAUUAACCCCCCGACAUCUAUGGCUCAACGCCAUACAUUCCACAAAGGCGCAUUUGUUGCGGGGGGGAUGUUAAUUGACGACGACGAUGAUGGUGGUGAAGAUGAUGAUGACGACUCUAUAACGAUCCUCGGGGAUGGCUCAAUUGAGACCAAGGCCGACUUUGCCAAGGGCACCUCUGACUCUCCACUUCCAAAAGCUACCUCGACAGUAAAAGAUGAUGGAGGAGGCAAAGAUCAUGGCCACAAUUCGACCAACGACAAGGGGAAAGGCACUGGCUCUCGUCGCCGCGCGCGAUCCGUUGGAGUGGAACCACAUACUUUGCGUCGGAGCUCAACCCAGAGUCCCGUCUCGGCAGAGUUCCGUUUUAACGGCACGGGGGUCUAUGUGUUCUGUAUCCAGCCUCUCGGUGCUCCUUCACUCGUGAACACGACCUUUUUUGUCGAUGGGACGGAGCUCCAUACCUUCAUUCAUCAAGGUUCAACCACCCAAUCGUACUAUGUUUUUGCCGCAAACAUCACCGCGUUUGCCCACACUGGACUUGAUGACGGCCCCCAUGUCCUUACACUCAUCCUUGCGCCGUCCUCAAUAUUCAUCCUGGACUCAGUGGUGGUAACCCAGAACAAAGCUGACACACUUGACGCCUCUUCAAUCCUCGCGUCCAAGCCAACCCCUUCCAGAGCUUCUCUGUCAACAGAACCCAAAGACAAGAGUGGUAAAGCGUCAUUUGCAGGCGUUCUUGGUGGUAUUCUUGGGGUAUUGGGUACCCUGGCCUUUGGAACAGCAUUCAGUCUCUACUGCCGACGAAGACGAGCUGCAGCUCGCGAUAGGCGCGAUAGGGAGACCAUGCCCCAACUUUCGACUGUUGAGACGCGUGAAUUUGUCCCAAGAUUCUUCUCAGGAACCUAUGCUCCCGUCUUGGUCAGCACCAACAGCACACCUCCGCCGUACCAGCCCUCGGCUUCCUCGCAGUCACAAUCCCAACUCAGCUCAACCGAUGGACAAACUGCAGCUACGGUUACGACUUAUGCGGACAUUCCACCCCCGUUGGAGGAGCUUGAUGCUGCCCCGCCAACCUUUGGAGAGGCAAUUGUGUCGUCGCCGGUUGUCGUAGUAAUACCUGCAGGGACGAUACCGGUUCAAGUCGCGGCGGAAGAGGACCAGACUUCAUAG